CCCAACAAACACAAACGCACAGAGACAGGAAGAGAGAGAGAAAGCGGAAAACUUCAUCUGAUCUUUCUCCUCAUAAUGGCUCUAAACUUAAAUCUGAAGUCCGAUACCAUGAACCACAAGAAGUGAAUGUCAGCGAUCGGGUGUAGUUAUGACAGCUCUGUCGCGCGGUCGUUUCUGAGACACAAAGCGCGGUUUGUUUGUUGUUCCAGAGGUCGAGACUAACUUAACUCCUCACGAGCGGGGACUUUUGCGCGGAGAUCUGUGGAUUAUGAUCUGGUGCUUCAGACUCUAGCGCCGAAUACUGAACCGUGAACGGUCCACGUAAGAGACCUCCGGGGGAUCGCGGUUCAAACUUCCCUCCUUUUCUUUUGUGCCGGGGGACGAGCUCGAGCCGGCGGCGCGCAGCAGCACCAGGCCGCGGGAUAAGACGCCUCCGCGCGGGGCAGGGACAGUGUGAGUGUGUGCGGGGAGCAGAACCCGCACAUUUAAGAGAAAUUAAGUGAUUUUAGGGCGCAGCACCAAGUGCAACUAUGGAUCCGAACUCAGCAUCAGCUGGCGCUUCCAAAAGUGGGAAAGAAAAGGACAAGAAAAGCAAGAAGACCUACGAAGAUGGAGAGAGCAAAAAGAAGUUUACUCUCAAAAGGCUGAUUCCCGAUGAGCUGGAGCGGUUUACCAGUAUGAGGACGAAGAAGGAGAAGCCGGUCAUGCAGGGAAACAGGCACUCAUCCGCCGCUCAGUAUGAGGUUCCAUCACAGAGCAGCUCGAUGUAUGAACUCCCGGAUGAGGAUGUGCUACAGCUCUUCGAACAGAUGCUGGUUGAUAUGAAUCUGAAUGAGGCCAAGCAGCAGCCAUUGAGAGAGAAGGACAUCUCCAUUAAGAGAGAGAUGGUCUCUCAAUACCUGCACACCUCUGCUGCUGGAAGGAGUCAAAAGGAAAGUUCAAAGUCGGCGAUUGUCUAUAUUCAAGAGCUGAGGGGGGAUUUGAGAGAUUCUCAAUUACUGAGCUGCCUCGAGUCACUGCGGGUGUCUUUAAACAACAACCCUGUCAGCUGGGUGCAGACGUUUGGAGACGAGGGUUUGGCUUUGCUUCUUACAUUCCUCAGAAAACUGCAAGAUGAGAAAGAUGAACCUGGGAAUAAUGGGAUUGGUGUUAAAUGUCAACAUGAGAUUAUUCGGUGUCUGAAAGCUUUCAUGAACAACAAGCACGGUCUCAAAGCCAUGUUGACAUCAGCAGAAGGAAUUACUCUCCUUGUGCGAGCCAUCAAUCCAAAGGUUUCCCACAUGAUGGCGGAUGUUGUCAAGCUGCUGUCUGCUAUCUGUAUCCUGGAGCAUCCCGACAACCCUCAUGAACGUGUUUUGGAGUGCAUCACAGAGCAGGGAGAGGAGCAGGAAGUUGAGCGAUUUCAGCCUCUGUUGUCUGGCAUGCACAAAAACUCCAUCGCUCUGAAGGCCGGCUGUAUGCAACUGAUCAACGCUCUCAUCAGUAGAGUAGAAGAACUGGACUUCAGGAUUCACCUUCGCUCAGAACUCAUGAGACUCGGCCUCAGAGAACAGCUAAAGGAGGUGAAGUCAAUAGAGAAUGAGGAGCUCCGCGUUCAGCUGCUGGUUUUUGAAGAACAGGCUGAGGAAGACAUGGAAGACCUUCGCUCUCGUUUGGAUGACGUCCGUAUUGAGAUGGAUGAUAUGAAUGAAGUCUUCCAGAUCGUGAUGAACACAGUGAAGGACUCGAAAGCCGAGCCACACCUUCUGUCCCUCUUCCAGCACCUGCUGUUGGUCCGAAGUGACUACAUGGUCCGGCCUCAGUACUAUAAACUCAUUGAUGAAUGUACAGCUCAGAUAGUUCUGCAUAGGAAUGGCUAUGAUCCCGACUUCAAAUGCCGAAAAUUUGACCUGGAUGUUGGGUACCUAAUUGAUAACAUGGUUGAUCAGACCAAAGUGGAAAUUAGUGAAUCCAAGGCCACGGAGCUGGAAAAGAAGUUGGAUGCAGAACUCAUGGCGCGUCACGAGCUGCAAGUGGAGCUGAAGAAGAUGGAGGCCGAUUAUGAGCAGAAGGUUUUGGACCUGAGCGCAGAGAAAGACACGCUGGGAAAAGAGAAAAGCGACAAAGAGAAAGAGAACCAGGGGCUGCAGUCUAAUAUCACCCAGCUGAAAGAAAAGAUUGAAAAGCUUUCAAAAGAUCUCGAAGAAGCCAAAACCAAGGUCAUCACAGUGCACGUGCCUGUGGCCCCACCCCCUCCUCCAUCAACCGGCCAAUCACAUUCUACCAUGCCACCACCACCCCGUCCCGGUGAGGCCUCCCUCCCAGGACCUCCCCCGCCUCCUCCACCUCCUCCUCUGCCUGGACAAAGCUUCAUGAUGCCCCCGCCUCCACCUCCUCUGCCCGGAGCACACGGUAUGCCCCCACCCCCGCCUCCACCUCCGCUGCCCGGAGCACAUGGUAUGCCCCCGCCUCCACCACCUCUGCCAGGGGCACCGGGUAUGCCUCCACCUCCGCCUCCUUUACCCGGAGCGCCCGGUAUGCCACCGCCACCACCACCUCCACCGGGAAUGACCGGCAUGCCUCCGCCGCCUCCUCCGAUGGGCGGACCAGGGAUGCCUCCGCCCCCGCCGGGCGGGUUUGCUGCAUGGGCGCCUCAGGUUCCUCAGCUGCCAUUCGGCCUACAGCCCAAGAAAGAUUACACACCUGAAGUUCAGCUGAAGAGAGCAAACUGGAGUAAGAUCGCAGCCGAGGAUCUGUCUGAAAACAGCUUCUGGGUAAAAACUAAGGAGGAUCGCUUUGAGAACAAGGAGCUGCUCGCCAAACUCACGCUCACCUUCUCUACCCAAACCAAGACUAAGAAAGAUCAGGACACAACUGAUGAGAAGAAAAGUGGCCAGAAGAAGAAAGUGAAAGAGUUGAAGGUGCUGGACGGCAAAACAUCCCAGAACCUCUCUAUUUUCCUGGGUUCGAACAGAAUGCCCUAUGAAGACAUGAAGAAUGUCAUUCUGGAGGUCAAUGAGAAGGUUCUCACAGAAAACAUAGUGCAGAGUUUACUGAAGCUUCUGCCGGAAGAGGAGCAACUGAACAUGUUAUCAGAGUUGAAGGACGAGUACGAGGAACUCGCAGAGUCUGAGCAGUUUGGAGUGGUGAUCAGUUCAGUCAAGCGUCUGAAGCCUCGUCUCAGCUCCAUCCUCUUUAAGCUUCAGUUUGAUGAGCAGGUGAAUAACAUCAAGCCGGACGUGGUGGCCGUAACCGCCGCCUGCGAGGAGCUCAGAAAGAGCGAGAGCUUCGCCAAACUGCUGGAGAUCACGCUGCUGCUGGGAAACUACAUGAACGCCGGCUCGAGAAACGCCAAAGCGUUCGGCUUCAGCAUCAGUUAUCUGUGCAAGUUAAGGGACACUAAAUCUGCGGAUCAGAAACAGACUCUUCUGCAUUUCCUGGCUGAAACGUGUCUGGAGCAGCACCCGGAGGUCAUGACCUUCACCGAUGAGCUCAUCCACGUGGAGAAAGCCAGCAAAGUCUCGGUGGAGAACCUACAGAAGAAUCUGGACUUUAUGGGAAAACAGAUUAAGAGCCUGGAUAAAGACAUCGAGACCUUUCCUCCUCCACAGAGCGAUAAGGACAAAUUCGUCGAGAAAAUGACCAGUUUUGUAUCGACGGCUCGUGAGCAGUAUGAGAAACUCGACUUGAUGCGUGAGAACAUGGAGAAGCAGUAUGAGGACCUGGCCAAGUAUUUUGUGUUCGACCCUAAGAAGAUGACCUCAGAAGAGUUCUUCGGUGACCUCAACAACUUCAGGAACAUGUUCCAGCAAGCAGUGAAAGAGAACCAGAAACGGAAAGAAGCAGAGGAGAAGAUUCGUCGAGCCAAACUUGCGCGAGAGAAAGCCGACCGAGAAAAGGAGGAGAAACAGAAGAGAACAAUCGCAGGACAGAUCCCCAACAUUAAUGAUGAUGGUGAUGAGACCGGCAUCAUGGAUGGUCUGUUAGAGGCUCUUCAGUCUGGAGCUGCCUUCAGGAGAAAGAGAGGACCUCGACAAGCAGCCAAUAAUCGGAGAGGAGCCGGUCAAGCCGUGACAAACAUUCUAGCCAAAGAGCUGCUGCAGGAGGACGCCCCGGCCUCCAGCACCAAAAAAUCCCGAUUGGACGUUGUGGACAGUAAGAAGAAGACAGCUGAAGAUAUGAGUUCACUGGAGGAUCUGUUAGAAGACAUGCCGUCACGGUCAAAUUAGGAACUUUCUCUAUUAAUUCAGCAGAUUCCGAUUGUGCUCUGGGACCAAAUGUAUGAGGGCGGGGCUCUCGCUAAACCACACCCUUAAAAGAGCUUAUACAGCCUCCUAUUGGCCGUCACAUUGCCCUGAUAAAUACGUCAUCCUUUUCUCCACCGUGGUUUUUCUUUCUUUUCCCCAUCAUUCGUUCAUCUCAGAUGCUCACAUUUUGUGAAUAUCUAUCCCAGAAUGCUUUGUUGUCUCAGAACAGAGAUUCAUCUCAAUAUGUUCAGUCUGCUUUGUUCGGUUUUGAUUGUUUGUUUUUGUUUUGUUAAAAAAAAAAAAAGCCGCUGGAUGUUUGAAUUUAAUGUGAUGUUUUACACCAAACACAAAGUGCCAUUAAUGUCCGGCCCAUAAAUACGAUUCAGGGUGUCGUUCGGUCGGUGUGUACUGGAACUGUUCUCACUGAGGUUCUGUAGCCCAUCACAGGUUAAGACAAGUACUUUUAAAUGUUCACGAGAUUUCACUUUCUACUUCUUUUUUUCUCGUUUUAAGCGAAUAAGAUUGAAACAUUUUGACAAAUCUUGGUGAGCUCUCAAUGGCUUCAGUCCAAAUGGUUUUACAAAUAAUUUUUUCACACGCUCUCUUGUAUAAUUGCAAGUUUCUUGAAUGACGGCAGUUGCCGUGCGCUCGUUGUGUCUUGACAGAGAUGUCAUUGAAACACCUGUGAUGUGUUUGUGAAAUACCGUCAAACUGCUGAUACUGUACACACACACACUUAACAGAUGUACAUCAUUCUCUUGACACGUUCGCAUCUGUUGGCAAAUGUUAAGUCGAAUUUCUUGUCCGAGCUGAAAGCUACAAACAUUUUGACUUGAUGCUCGUAGAUUUGUUGAAUGUUGCAGUCGGGUAAUAUAAUUUUCCUCUUGUUUUAGGGCUGUUACUGAAGUGUCAGUGAUAAAUAGUUAUUUUAGGUCUCUAGUUCACUGUGAGAGUAAACAUUGAUAUUCACAGGGAAAUAUGAUGUCGGACUUUCUUUGCGGAUUGAUUUACCUGAAUGUGGGUGUUGGCUGAAUGUCUGAGGGUGGAGAUCACCGUCUAACGCCAUAACCCGACUGCAUCAGUCCAGACAUCCUGAGAAGUUGUUUUCUGGAUUUUGCUGUAUUUAAAUAAACAGUCAUUAAUAUAACGAGACAAUACUGGAGCAAGCACAUCUGAAAUCGCCUUGUUCUGGAAAUAACGAAGCCAAAGUUUUUGUUUUCUGAAUUUCCGUGGACUGCGUUUUGAAGACCUGCACGGCACCAGAUUCUCCACAAAACUUUGAUUCGUCAUUUGGUUGGAUGGUUGCGCGACCAACAUGUUCACCUUCCUGUGAGAAGCUGAUAAAUAUCACAGAAUAAACAAAGACACUUUGUGUUUUCAUCGUUUAGUAUUUUUUAAGGAAACUUUUUUCUAUGUUAAUUUUUAUUGUUGAUUAUUUUACUGUAACAAUAUAGAGAUUGUAUCUGUGAGAAUUGUUUGGUCAGAUUGUGUAUACGAGUGACCGUAGAGAUGUUUAUUGUGAUGAUCUCUGAACCCACACCAUUAAAAGAUCUUUAAUACUC